UGAAGACUGCUUUGGCAAUCAGCUGUUUGUCAACUUUAACUUGCUCCACUUACAAAUUUUUCUCACAUUUGAACAAAAUUUUUCUUGUAUUUACAAAACCUAGCCAAAAGCAAAGUCAUGGCCGGACGUGAAGCCGUAAGAAAAGCUGUACAGCAAGUGCGUCCCAUCUUGUCGGUGGAUCGGGAUGAGGCGCGCAAACGUGCGCUCAAUCUGUACAAAGCUUGGUAUCGGCAAAUUCCAUACAUUGUUAUGGAUUAUGACAUCCCAAAGUCGGUACAACAAUGCCGCGCUAAACUGCGGGAAGAAUUUGAGAAACAUCGCAACGUGACGGAUGUGCGUGUCAUUGAUAUCCUAGUGAUAAAGGGUCAAAUGGAGCUGAAGGAGACAGUCGAAAUCUGGAAGCAAAAGGGUCACAUAAUGCGUUACUGGAAGGAGAGCCAAGAUCCCAAACCAACCGAUUUCUUGUCGAAAUUCUUGCAAGGAGUUAAUUGAAGUUUUAAUUAAUUUAUAAAUAUUUAAGAAAUUGUCCAACGCGCUACCCAAGAUUGUUAUUAACACAAUAAAUUGUCAGAACUGCGAAGCAAAUAGUGAUAAUUUUAAAUAAAAUUAUUUAAAAAAACUCGUAAAGUAUUUUUUUGUUUAUUUCUUAUCUGAAAUUCGAGAUUAAUAGGUAAUAGAAAAUUAAACUUAAAAAAUUAAAACGAUUUUGUUCAAGCUACAUUUCGCAUUAACGCACAUGUUGCUUCAAGCAACUGCAUAUUUCAAAAGCGAUAGCUGACAACUUAAGUAUCAACUUGCAUAAUUUAAUUAGUGAAUUUUUUUCGAUUAUUCGUACGAAUGUAAAUUUGAGGAAUUUUUAUAAAUACUAAAGUAAAAUACUUUAACAAUUCUCUUUUUUUAAGGUUAAUGCUUUUAAGUCCUUGGGAAUAUUUCUGAAACAUUUAUCUUAUUUAACAAUUUAAAAUCUCAAAUUUAUUU